AUGGAUAUUUUUAGUAAAGUGGAAGUUAAUAUACCAUUGUUGAAAGUGAUUAAGAAUAUUCCUAAGCAUGCUAAAUUCCUGAAGGACUUAUGUGUUCACAAGAGGAAGUUGAAGGGCGAUGAAUUGGAGAGCAUGGGUAAGAGUUUUUCUGCUUUAUUCCAGUCUAUGCUCCAGAAGUGUCAAGAUCCCGGGGUGUUCACUAUACCAUGUGAGAUUGGUGAAAGUAGUUUUGGAGAUGCCAUGCUCGAUUUGGGGGCAUCCAUUAAUGUAAUGCCUAAAUCUGUUUUUCAAGCCCUUGGAAUCGGACCACUGCAACCCACAAGAAUAGUAAUUCAGCUUGCUAACAGAAGUUUCGCUCAUCCUGUGGAAGUUUUGGAAGAUGUAUUGGUCAAAGUAAGGGACUUGAUAUUCCCAGCUGAUUUUUAUGUCUUAGACAUGGAGAGGGAUACAUUGUCCAGGACUUUGUCAAUGGAAUUUGGGGAUACUAGAGUCCAAUUUAAUGUUCUGGAUGUUAUGAAAUACCCGGUAGAAGAUCACUCCAUACUUAGUGCUGAGGUUUUUGAUGAGCUAGAGGUGGAUUCUGAUAUUGUUCUGCUUGAUUGCAUAAAUUCCCUUAAGUGUCAAGAGUAUGAUGAGGAUGAUGAUUUAGAUUUUAAUUUUAAAAUUGCUGUAGAUCCAGAAUUUGUGCUGGAAGCUAGCAGUAAGUCAGAAUUUUUUCCAAUAGCAAAUUCUGUUAUGGAGCUUGUUCCGAAGCUGUACUAUUCACUGGAGGAAUGCUCUACACCAAUGCUACCCUCUAUUUUAAAGCCACCGAAGCUGGAAUUAAAAGUCCUUCCUGAGCAUUUGAAGUAUGUUUAUCUGAGAGAGAAGGAACAACUACCAGUUAUUAUUGCCAAUGGACUUGAACUCGACCAAGAAAAUAAGCUAUUAAAGGUUUUGAGAAGCCAUCAACAAGCUAUUGGUUGGACGGUAGCAGACAUAGUUGGGAUUGAUUCUUCUAUCUGUAUGCAUUGA